GCUUUGUUGAUUUUGCAAUGCAGCAACUGCAAUUUUGUUUCUUAAAUAAAUAAAUUAAAAGGAACAUGCUGCGUCAGGAAAACUUGGCUGCCAAUUUCUGCGGUCUGCUCGCCACCCAGGGCUACAAAGAGAAGGCCAACGAAUGGCGGAUUUUGGGCCAGGAACAGGACGGUUCAUUGCUGACAUCGUGGAUAUUUGAGUUCUUGGAUGAGACCGAGAAGCGGGAGACCUGUGUUGGUCACUUUCAUGCCACAAAGAAGCAACUGCGCGAACUCUGGACUCUGCCAGGUUGUGUGGAAAUAAUUCAGGCGAGCAUCAACAGCAGCAUUACCUUGCUGUCGUAUGUGGUCAAGACAGCGCAGCGUUAUGAGGCUUUCAUUGUGGAGGUGCGUAGCAGUGAGGGCGGCAUUCCAACGCCCCUAAAUGCGGAGCCUUCGUCUCGCCAAAUAAUGACACAGUUUCUGUGGCGCGUGGAGAGCGCAACUCGCACCUGCUGGCAGGACAAGUUAUUGGUGCUCACACACGAGGAUUCUAUCAAACAGUACAGUUGCACAGUAAAACAGAGCUCCACGACGACACAAACGGGAUGCGCCGAAGGCAGCGCCUGGCACUUGGAUACGAGCAUUUUAACACACGAAACGCUGGCGAGGAAUUUCAGCUGGGCACAGUGGGACGCCGAGUGCCAGGCACUCUACUACAUACAUCUGAAGCCUAAGGCGGUGAGCCUCAGUCUGUUGGAUGAACGGGAGCAGACUGGUGAACAGACAGCACCGACUCUCAGUCCCACCUUGUCCGCAUUUCAAUUCAACGAGAAGCAACCCACGGAAACGGUGCUCAACAUUCCCCUCAAUCUGCCCAAGUUGCCAACGAAUACCAGCGAGGAGCCGCCCAGCUAUGACGAUGAUGCAGUGCCUCUCCGUGUGCACGACAGUUCCUUGAAUCUGAUCAUUUUGGCCGACAGCUCGGGCAUGUUCUUUGUAUGUCAUUAUUAUCUGUAUCAGCCCAUGCAGCCGCAGCAUGCGCAGGAAUCCUCGAAGGAGCAGCAGGAUGUGCAUUUCGCCUACUCCGUUUCGUUGUUGCAUCAUGGCUGUGUGGUGCACUGCGUCAUGCCGGGUGUGCCCUGGCAGAAGGCACGUUUGCUACGUCCUACAUUUUCCAUGCAGGGAUCACAUCAUCUGUUGGUCUCUUCCGCCUUCUUUGUGCAUCUGCUGGACGUGGGAUUGCAGCACGAGCCCAGUUGCCACAUUGUGUGUCCAGCUGUCAACAAUCGCAGUCCUGACGUCACACACCUCGUGCCAUUACGCAAAUGGGGAUCAUUGGCUUACGAUGCUGCCACCUUGGAUCUGGUCUCCCUGAAUGUUCCAAGAGCUCAUCUAAUCGAGGCCUUUCGCAAUGACAACUCGCUGGAUAACCGCAUCAGCAUUAUACACUAUUUUUUGAUACAUUCCACGGACUUGGAUGUGCUGGCCGAGUUGCUGAGCAGCAUUCUAGAACGUCCGCUUUCCCUGGACACCGUGGCGUUGCUUAAGGAGGCGCUUAUUGCUGGAAGCUAUGCAGCCGCCGUGCGUGGAUUGCCCGAGGAUGCGAAGCCUUUGUUGCGACUGCUUCCUCUGACCACUGCGGUGGCCACUCGACCCAUUCAGGCCCGUGUGGCCGACAUCAGUGUGGGACUCUCACACGAAUCCCUGCACAAUACGAGCAUGAUGUUGUUGUCACCUCAGCAGCGACUCUCGCCGUAUCGCACGGAUAUCUGGACACGACUCUGGGAGCUACUCAAUGAGACCGCUAAGCAGGAGCAGCCACGUUUUACAGCAGAGCAGGUGACGGAGAAACUUAUCUUUAGUCUCGCCUGCUAUCAGCCGGAGGCGUUGUCUCCUUGUACCACGCCUAUGACACCGGAUACGGGCAGCGGUGGCUUUGGAGAUUACAGCAGCGGCAGCGCCUUUCCCUUUAGCAAAGAGGUGUUGCCCUUCAUUGAACAGGAAGGUUGCACGGCCAGCAAACAGGAGCAUGUCAUCUCUGUGUAUCUGCGUGAGCUAAGCGUGCACCUGGUUAAGCAUUCAUCUAAGCCGCAUUCGGGUUUUCGCUGGCUCAAGGAGACCUUCUUUGAGCGCUCGCAGGCGCCAGCUCAUGUCCACGCAGUAGCCUCGCAGUUUGUGUCCGCCCAGUUGGAGUUGUCUCGUGCUCUUUGCUCGCUCGUCUGCCGCGCUGCAGGAUUGGAUGCGCGUCUGGAGACGCUGCGUGGCUUUCAGCUAAUUGAUCAGAUGUCUAGCAAUCAGCAGCACUCGCUGUUUCUCAUCUUGGAACGCUAUUGCUUGGCGGUGGAAACUAUAGCUUUUCCACUGCCCGAAGGCUUCUCCUCCUUCUUCACUUAUUUGGGUUAUCGCGCCUUGGACUAUGAUAUGUUUCUGCAGUACGUGGAGAAUCAUGUAUUUGAGUUGCAAGUGGAUGUCAUGAAGAGCAUUGUCUAUGACAUUGAGGAUUCCCCUCUGGGUACUGAGCGAAAGCUCUCGCUGCUUUCAGCUCUGCCCAAACAGCGUGCUCAGCGUUUGCUCAAGUGCUGGCAACACCCGGACAGUCUCAUGAUACGUGGACGGGAACACGCUGCCAAUAUAUUGUCGGGUCAACAUCAGGAGCCGCCUCAAAGACGCGGUUCUGGCAACGUAACUCAAUCCCGCAUGCAUGCCAGAAGCGAUCUCACGGCAGAAACUUUAUCCCCUCUGAACUCCUUUUUGGAUUUGCUAACAGCCAAAGCGAGCCUAAACGAAUUGGACUACAAUUUGUUAAUCGAAACGACGCUAAGUUCCAUGGAGCUGCUAAAUGUCAAAGAUUAAUCUAAGGAUUAGAUAAUUUACUUGUUUAAAACAAUUUUCUAUUUUCAGUAUCCAGCGUAAUUGUAUUAUUUAUAUUAUGUAUAGCUCAAACUUGUGUGUCAAAUGUCUAUAAUAUAAUCAAACAAAUAUUUAUAUUGUCA